GUUAGCAGACCGGCACACACAGCGUUUAAUAUCUAUCAUAAAUAGACACGUGUUUGUGUCGGUAUAUAUAUACAUAAAACCGCUGCUAGAAAAUUCAUCAGACAUCGAACAGACCUUUACACAACAUAGACAAUUUUACAGAGAGACAGGCAGAUAUUAAACCAGACAUAUCAACGGGACGACACACAGACAGACAUUUAAACAGACGCGCAGAGCGAGCGAGAGAGAGACAGCAGAGAUCACGAAAGUCUGUCGACUUCCCAAUCUGCGAGCGCCUCUUUCUCACGAUGGAUGUCAUGAAGAGCAAGGGUCGAACCCAGGGACGCAACUCCACGGAGCUGAUGAUCACCGUGGAUGUGGAGACAAUCACUCGCCCGUCGGAGCCGCUUGGCAAGGCGGGGAACCCCUGUGCGGGAGCGUGCUCCUGGCUGGGGUCUCACCAGGUCGUCGUGGCCUGCAUCGUCACCCUCUGCCUGCUCCUGGUUGCGGCAGGCGUUCUCGCCGGCGUGUUCGGUGCCCAGCGAGCCAACAUGUCUGACGACAAAAUUCCGAGCACCUCCAGCGGCUUCAAGGGCUGCGGUUGGCGCCCCGAAGCGGGCACGCGCAUCGUGAACGGGGAGAAGAGUAAGAGCGCGUGGCCCUGGCAGGUGAGCCUGCAGAACAAGUUCAAGACGGACAAGUGGACACAUUUCUGCGGCGCCUCCAUCAUCUCCUCCACAUGGCUGCUCACGGCCAGACACUGCAUCACCAACGUCCGGAACCUCACGGGCGAAAUCAUCGCGGUGAUGGGCACCAACUCGCUGACCGACACCAGCUUGGCAAUCCAGAGGGUGUCCGUCGCCGAGAUCGUGCUGCACCCGGACGGCGAAUCGAGCGACGUGGCGCUGCUGCGACUGGCCUGGAGUGUCGCCUUCUCGGCCACGGUGGGGCCCGUCUGCCUCCCCGUGAACGCGAGCACGGCGCAGCCCGGCACGCCGUGCUACGUCACCGGCUGGGGACUCACCGCGACCGACGACACAACCAAACAAAUGGAUCUCCGCGAAGUGCAGUUGACCAUCAUGGACGACAGUCGUUGCCAACCGACGAACAGCGGCCGUCCGCUCAAGCUGAGCAUGAUGUGCGCCGCGGACGUCUACACCCACGCGGACACCUGCCAGGGCGACUCGGGGGGCCCGCUGGUGCGCUUGGCGGGGGACACGGAGCCGUCGCCCGGCCGCUGGGUGCUCGAGGGCGUCACGAGCUUCGGCAAAGGAUGCGGCAGCAGGGACUUCCUCGGCGUGUACGCACGCGUGUCGGCCUUCACCCAGUGGAUCUCCCGCACCACGACAACCGAAACAACCACCACCACCACCACAACAACAACAACAACCGGCACCUCCGGCGGCUUCAAGGGUUGCGGUUGGCGCCCCAACGCGGGCACGCGCAUCGUGAACGGGGAGAAGAGUAAAAGCGCGUGGCCCUGGCAGGUGAGCCUGCAGAACAAGAUCAACUCGAAUUCGACACAUUUCUGCGGCGCCUCCAUCAUCUCCUCCACGUGGCUGCUCACGGCCAGACACUGCAUCACCAAAAUCUGGAACAACACGAGCGAAAUCAUCGCAUUGAUGGGCACCAACUCGCUGACCGACACCAGCUUGGCAAUCCAGAGGGUGCCCAUCGCCAAGAUCGUGCUGCACCCGGACGCCGAAUCGAGCGAUGUGGCGCUGCUGCGACUGGCCUGGAGCAUCGACUUCUCGGCCACGGUGGGGCCCGUCUGCCUCCCCGUGAGCGCGAGCACGGCGCAGCCCGACACGCCGUGCUACGUCACCGGCUGGGGACGCACCGCAACCGAAGACACAACCAAACAAUUGGAUCUCCGCGAAGCGCAGUUGACCAUCAUGAAGGACGAUGAUUGCACACCGACGAACAACGGCCAUCCGCUCAAGCCGAGCAUGAUGUGCGCCGCGGACGUCUCCACCCACGCGGACACCUGCCAGGGCGACUCGGGGGGCCCGCUGGUGCGCUUGGCGGGGGACACGGAGCCGUCGCCCGGCCGCUGGGUGCUCGAGGGCGUCACGAGCUUUGGCAAAGAUUGCGGCAGCAGGGAAUUCCUCGGCGUGUACGCACGCGUGUCGGCCUUCACCCAGUGGAUCUCCAGCACCACGGCAACCGAAACAACCACCGCCACCACCACAACAACGACCGGCAAGUCGGCUCGCUGAAGGGUCUCCCUGAGUCUCGUCAUUUGACCGCUUGAGUCUCAACUUCCCUGAGCGCGCCCUGGCUUCGUAAGUCACGACGCUCGCCGCACUUGCCCCGAACUUGUCUGUUGAGGCUAUACCGGGGUCGCGGUGGGGGGGACCUUUGCCUUUGGUGGCGAUGGUGGACGAUGGUGCCGACGAUGUCACGGACAGCACGAGAACGUCCCCGCCAGGUCAACGGUCGUUUGCCGCGCUGCCGAAGAAGAAGACCUUGGGCUCGGCGUCAACGGCGUCUCGUGGUCGGCAUCGUCCUUCCACGUGUCUGCGCACGCGCACGUGCGUGUGUGUGCGUUAACAGCACUUGCCCCUACAGUUUGUUAAGGCUACACGGGAGAUCUUUGUGUGCGUUUAACUUCGUCCGCACCGCACGUGGUCAACCGCGCUCAUCGGGAGUUGCGGGGCAAGGACCACGACGGCAAGUCCCACCGCCUGGCAGGUGGUCGCGGGCGUCGCGAACUACAUCCAGGCGGGUCAGAGACUCUAAAUAAAAUACUUCUCAACCCGGCAUACCACCUCCAGUAUUCCUCAUCCCGCUACCGCCCAUGGCUGCGCAAGUCACGGGCUGCCAUCGCGCCCUCUGACCAGGAAGCGGGAGGAUAUUUAGCGAGAAUAAAAGGAAGGGCCUCAGUGUCGGCAGGGAGGGGGGGUGAGGGUUGUGUGUUUGUGUACCCUGCCUCGUCACCCUCGCGAUAUGCACCGCCGCUUGCCAUGCCUCUUGUUGCCUGCAGUGGGCUCACGUGACCCCUGCAGACGCUAGUGGCUGCUAUAGCCACGGGUACCGUCCUGUCGUGUAUAUCUAUAGAUAUAUAAAAGGGAAAUUUGUGAAUGUGUGUCUGUUCGAAAUGUUUAGCAUACUUCCUGACAUGCAACAAACUUGACAUUUGGCAUGUGGGCAGCUUCCAGACUGUACACAAUGCAAAAAGUAUAAACAUUUACUUUUGUAUUUGUUUUGGGGGGGGGGGGGCACAAUAAUGGAUCUAUUUUGCACGGCAAGUGAGCGGUGACGUCACAUCUGUGAUGUCACCUGCAUGCGGUAGCGUCACGCUGUGUGCCUGCUGACGUCACGCCCCCCCCCUCCACCCUCCGCGUAGGCCGUGUAUUAAUCCAAGAUAAGAAUCCAAGUCUCGGGCGAAGCCGGCUAGUAAAGCGAGUAGUGUAUAUGUUAACAAUAAGAGAGGUGACCGUGUGGCUCAAGAGUCAGAGACGCCGAGCCCGGCAACUUUGAGAGCCUGGGUUCGAGUCCAGGUUUCGGACGCCAAGGCGCGCAGCGAUCGUCCCCCGGGGGUUCUCUAGCGUAGCGAGGUGACGGCUCGGCACGGUCACCAGUGACUCGCACAGAGAGCCAUAGACUCACACAGACCCAUAGACUCACACAGAGACCCAUAGACUCGCACAGAGACCCAUAGACUCACACAGACCCAUAGACUCACACAGAGACCCAUAGACUCACAUAGAGACCCGUAGACUCGCACAGAGACCCAUAAACUCGCACAGAGACCCAUAGACUCACGUAGAGUCCAAUAGACAGACUCACGUAGAGACACAUACUCGCAUAGAGACCCAUAGACUCACAUAGAGUCCAAUAGACAGACUCGCACAGAGACCCAUAGACUCGCACAGAGACCCAUAGACUCACAUAGAGACGCGUAGACUCGCACAGAGACCCAUAGACUCGCACAGAGACCCAUAGACUCACAUAGAGACCCGUAGACUCGCACAGAGACCCAUAAACUCGCACAGAGACCCAUAGACUCACAUAGAGACCCAUACUCGCAUAGAGAGCCGUAGACUCACAUAGAGGCCCAGACUCACAGAGAAACUCAGGGAGACCCACAGACUCACGUGGGCUGUGUUAGGAUGAAACGUGGUUCUCAAGUGUAGUGAGGUGAUGGCGUAGCUUUAUGAAUUUAAAAUAUUAUCAGUUUUCCCGUCUUGCGACGAGCAUUAUGACUUUGGUUGGGCAGAUCAGGUGGGGAAAUGGCUGUGUGUGCGUGUCGCUGUAAUAUACGAGGCAGCUCUGACAUGUCCACUUCCGCGGUGCCCUUCUCGCGCACCUCCGGGAGAGACGGAGACAAAAUUCCCGUCGCCGAAUCGGUGACGUCUGGGGGAGGGGGGGGUAGCGGCUCCUCAUUGCCCGCGUGGAGUCGCCGUGCGUGCAGAGCGAGCUACGCCUCUCCCUUGUGAACGCGUGGCGGUGUUACGACGCGGUAUUUGUACAGGUAGUCCCCGACUUGCGAUGGAGAUGCGUUACGACGACCCCAUCGUAAGUGGAAAAUAUCGUAAGUCGAAGAUGGCCUCGCCUGCCCAGGAGUCUUAAAGAAUGGUGAUAAUUUAGCAAAAGAGACAUUUACAGUACCGUACUGUAUAAACUAUAUACCGUAUGUAUUUAUUAAUUACAAUACUGUAUUGCACAGUAAAUUUUUAAGUAAAAAACAAGGUAAAUUCUUAGCCUACCUAUAUGAACUGCAAUUUCAUCGAAAGUUUUUUCAGGAAACAAUCCUAUCUGCUAUAAAAAAAAACUUUCAACAUGCAUUGAACGUAUCGUAUCGUGGUAACCUUAAAAUGAAAUCGCUAAAGCUACGUAUUACACACGCAUUGGCCGUAUCGUAACGUAUCAUAUUGUACUGUACUCACCAAGAUUCGCACUAACACCGAGACAACUUAACUCCGUCCACCGCUGGUGAGAGUGGGAGGCAUCACCACACAAGGCGGGAGAUGCGUUCAGGAACAUCACGGCAGCGUCCCAACCUACAGCAUCGUACCUCGUACGCUGCUGCGUUUGUCUGCCACGCGAGAUGUAAAACAUUUAACAAUUUUGUCGUAUCGAUAUCGCCAUCGUAAGAUCGAAAUAUCGUAAUUCGGGAACGACCUGUAUUGUUACGACGCGUUUUCUGAGCGUUCGAUGACGAGCUACUCUUGAACUGCGCGGCAGUGACGCGAGUAACGCUGCGGUCAUCCGCCCCGCCACCUCGCGUGCGAGGCAUGCGUCGUCGUUGCGUCCUGUUCUCGCGUUCUUCGGGAACACAUCGACUUGCCGCCGCGUCGAGCGAGGUCUCCGCCGCGCGCGAUUGCGGCCCGCACUCGCCGCGCGUAUGCGGGGGAUAGACGGCCGUGGCGUUGGGGCCGGUGGGGUUCGAGGGGGAGGUGGUGGUAGUGGUGUGCAUGGGUGGACGUCGGCACGAUGCACGAACCCGGCAGAUCGAAUGCUGCUGCUGGGACGGCGUCAUCGCGCGCACGUGCGCUGUGACGUCACAGCGCACGUGCGCUGUGACGUCACAGCGCACGUGCGCUGUGACGUCACCGCCGUGGGUUUGUCGUCACGCCUGCGCACGAGGCCAGGCCAAGAGUAAAUCUUUUUAGAUAUAAUAAACAGAAAAUGCACGUCCUGUGGACGUAACCGUGCAUCCCUCCCUCCAGGCAAACUUGUUUUAAACAUAGUAUAUUAAAAUAUCGUAUCACAAUGUACGAUUAUCGUUUGUGACGGUGGUGUCUUUAGUAGCAUUGUUUGUGCAAUUGUCGUGAUGAAAUGAAUAAACGGGUACAAAGAGGA